AUGGCCUGCCAGGCGGGAAGCACCAUGGAGGUGGCUGCAUGCAAUUUGAAGAGCUGCUGGACCAUGAGCGAGGUUUGCGCCUGGUCAGACUGGAGCUCCUACGGUGCUUGCAGCAGGAGCUGCGACAGCGGGCAGCAGACGAGGAUGCGACGGAAGUCUUGGCAUGCUCCCGACGUGAAGGAUCAUGAGAUUGCCAGACGUUUGUCCUCACGGCCCAGCCAGUGCUUAGGACGACAGAAAGAGAUCAGGGCUUGUGGCUUGACACCCUGCAGCAUGGCCUCGGCACCUGUCAAUUGCCAGUGGGAGCAGUGGAAUCACUGGGGCGAUUGCUCCUGUUCUGGACUUCAGAGUCGACAGAGGAGUGUGGCCAUCAAGGCGUUCAGGGGCGGAGUGCCUUGUGUCGGUGCGUUGGAAGACAGCCGAAGUUGCUAUCCUUCGUUGAGUUGUACAUCCUUGGACAUCAAUUGCACGUUUGGCGGUUGGACUUCUUGGAGUGCCUGCAGUGUGACUUGUGGUAGCGGCCAGAGCUUUCACACCCGCACGGUCAUCACCCACGCCCAGGCAGCGGGCAAGCGCUGUGAUGGAGGCUUGGAAGAGGUCCAGUCUUGUCAUUUGGAGCCUUGUGGAGCUGCUCAAGAUUGCGUCUACACGGAGUGGAGCAGCUGGUCAGCUUGCAGUCGCCAGUGCGGUGGCGGGCAGCAUGAACGCUCUCGCGUGGUGGCACGCCCUGCGCUUGAGGGAGGCGCUGCAUGUCCAGAGGCAGACCUCGCCGAGACAGGGCUUUGCAACCCUCAAGAUUGCAUUGAAGAUGCAUGGGGCAAGAUCGAUUGCACCUGGAGCGAGUGGUCCUCAUGGGCCGAUUGCUCGGCCAGCUGCGGCCAAGGGCAGGCCAGACGGACUCGCAUCAUCGUGCAGGAGGCUGCACAUGGUGGUGAGCUGUGCAAAGGCUUUUAUCAGGAGUUCCAUCAAUGUGCAGGUCGGCCCUGUUUGGUGAGGGACUGUAGCUUCAGUGUUUGGAGCAGCUGGAGCGAUUGCUCCGACCAGUGUACUGGCCAUCGGCAGCGCACCCGUAGCAUCGAGUUCCCAGCGGUUGGAGGCGGAGAGGCGUGCCGAGGCUCCACCAGGGAGCUCAAGCCCUGCGGCUCUUCCCAUGACGUGUUCUGCCUCAGCGGCGGCCAAGCGGUGGACUGCCUCAUGACACCAUGGUCCUCCUGGUCCGCUUGUUCUCGUGAAUGCGGCGAUGGGCAACAUCUCUCAAGCCGACAGGUGGUGCGCUUCGCGCAGGAUGCUGGCCGGCCCUGCGAGGGAGCUUUGAGACGCGUGGAGGUUUGCAACCAAAUCUUCUGCCCAGGUGAUGAGCCAGUCGACUGCAAGCUGGGAGAGUGGGACUUCUGGUUGCCUUGCAGCCAAUCCUGUGGUGGGGGCGAGCGCUCCAGGAGUAGGAUGGUGACGCGUGAACCGCGAAACGGCGGCACUCCUUGUGCUGAAGGAUUUACACACCAGGUGAAGCCGUGCAACACCCAACACUGCCCCACCGAGUCGAUUUGUACUUGGACGCAGUGGGCCGCAUGGAGUGAAUGCUCUUCACCAUGUGGGCAUGGCCAAAUGACCAGGAACCGAACGCUCUUCCAUCCCGAUUUCUCCUCCUUGGAGGCCAUCGGCGAGUUGCCAAGCUCCUUCCUUUCCUUCGCCAUCUCGACCCCGCAGUGCUUUUUCGUAGCAUUGAGUGUCGCCACGACGGUGUUCCACCUCUUCCGCAGAAGAAUGCCACGUUUUCGGCCUGAAGAGGCUGGCUACAUGCCUGUGAGCACGCAAGAAGACGGGCAUCCUACCAAUGAUCUUGAGAGUGCUCAGUGA